AAAAACGCGGCGGGUGGGGAUGGCAAGCACGAACUGUUGGGAGGACUGAAGGAGGUAAAUUCAUUUCUUGCUAAAGUGGCUCACUGUUUCCUGAGGUGGGAAUCUGUUGCUCUUGAGGAAGAAUGUACUGCAGGAGUGUGUGCUGUAACGCCUGGUCAUCUGAAGAGAGGUUAGAUGGGAAAACGGUCAUCAUCACCGGAGCAAACACUGGGAUUGGAAAAGAAACUGCACGGGACCUGGCGAGAAGAGGCGCUCGCAUCGUCAUGGCUUGCAGAGACCUGGAGAGAGCAGAGGAGGCCCGGACGGACAUUUUGGAAGACACAGGAAAUGAAAAUGUGGUCAUCAGGAAACUGGAUCUCUCUGACACCAAGUCCAUCAAAGCGUUUGCGGAACUCAUCAACAAAGAGGAGAAACAAGUGAACAUACUGAUAAACAAUGCAGGCGUCAUGAUGUGUCCCUACUCCAAGACUGCCGACGGCUUUGAAAUGCAGUUAGGCGUCAAUCAUCUGGGUCACUUCCUGUUGACUUACCUGCUGCUGGACCUCAUCAAGCGUUCAGCGCCUGCUCGUAUCGUCGUCGUGGCGUCGGUGGCCCACACCUGGACCGGGCUUCGACUGGAUGACAUCAACAGCGAGAGCAGUUACGAUACCAUGAAGGCCUAUGGGCAGAGCAAGCUGGCCAACGUCCUGUUUGCACGCUCACUUGCCAAACAGUUACAAGGUACGGGGGUGAGCGUGUUCUCUCUGCACCCGGGGGUGGUGCAGUCGGACCUGUGGAGGCACCAGCACCAGUGUAUCCAGGUGGCAGUGAAGAUCUUCAGGGUUUUCACCAAGACAACACUGGAGGGAGCACAGACCACCAUCUACUGUGCUGUGCAGUCAGGCCUGGACAGCCAGAGUGGAGGGUACUUCAGUGACUGCGCUCCUGCAGGUUGCUCACGGUUGGCUUCUGAUGACGACUUGGCCCAAAAACUGUGGGAGAUAAGCUGCAACAUGCUUGGCAUCACCUGGCAGUGAACCGCAGCACAUUAACAGUGCAGUUAAGGACAUUGUAUGUUCUGUAUCAUCUUUUUAAGAACGCUUUUACACACUUUUAUAGAGGCAUUAAUGUUACUGUUACUGUUGUGAAACUACCAAGUGCCCCUUUUUUGUUGUAAAAUAUCAGAAAUGAUUCCGACAUUUUAGUGAAAUUGUAUUUAUCAAACACAACUGUAUGAUGUAACUGUCAUGUAACAUGGCAUUCUUAGUUUAGUCAGUUUUGUAUCUUGAGUGCAGAUGCUGUUCUAUCGUGUUCGCUUGUAAAGCUGUUAGCUUUAAAAGACGUUAGCCAGCAUCGUCUAGCUUUGUAUUAAAAUGACUCUCUUACAUGCAAGUAGGAAAAAAACAAUCUAAAUUGUUUUCUCUGUUUAUGACUUGGAAAGAAAGUUUUGCCACGUGAAUUUGUUUUUUGUCAGGAUCAAGUGUUUGUUGUUGUAAUACUAAUUUCGACCACAAGAGGCUGAGGUGCACCACUACCACAUGUUCUAAGUAGGUCUAAAAGCGUUCAUGUUUUUAUCCAGAUGGUGGUAAAAACCUUUUUUUUUUACUUGUUCUGAAGUCAUAAAACAAUUUGGAUCCGACUUAGAAAAUGUAUCACCAGAAGUUCUCACUUGCCUCUCAGCGCUUCUGUAAGCUCACACAUUGUGAUUGAUAGAUAACGCACUUAGAUGGCUCGUAAAGUAUUACAAUGUACAUUUAUUAAUCAGUAAAACAUGAGCCAUUGAUCUAAAAUUAUUCAUUGAGUUUCAUUGAACAGCCUUGUAUCAUGUAAUCUGCAUUAAAAAAAAGAAAAGAGAAUAUGUCACAAUAUGUUCAUAACAUAACAAUUAAACCUGUUUUACUGGCAAACAGAUUUCAAAGUUCUGCAUUGUUUGUGAGUUUUACCAAAAAAUUACAGCUGUACAUGAGUUCUGAGAGUAUUUAGUUCAUGUUAACAUCUUCCAAGCUGUGAGGUUGACAGUAAUGUGACACUGGGAGAGAAAGUUCAAAGAGAUUAGGUCAGUUUAGUGCAGUAAUAAUGAUGAGAGAAUUGAGCAAUACUACCCCAACAGAUGACUGAUGUAUGAUGUGACUCCAUGGACGGUAGUAAAGUUGGAAUCCUGCAGCCUAUUGCAACGUACUGAUUAGUAUUAUUGUAUUAUUAGCAUCACAUGUGCUUCUCUUUUGCACAUGAAUAUUACUGUAAGUGUGGGACUUUAAACA